UGACAUUACUGUAUCUUAUUCAGAAGACGGCAACAACAGCUCCAGCAUCAUGAGCGGUGCCUCUAUCAAGUACAUCUUGCUGGGAGCCUUAAUGGUAAUUUUUAUUGGAGCUCUCGCUGAAGGUGUAUCAGUGAGAAAAGAGAGAAAAAUUAAAGGAAAAUGCCAACCAGAAGACAAAAACUGUGUGGAAAACAAAGUACCACUUAGUAAUACAAAGCUAAAGACAUCCAAAGCAAAGAUGAUGACAUCCCUCCUAUACGACCUUCCUUUUGACAAUGAACCACUUGGUACUGAUGAGUCUGGCUCAGGCUAUGAAACCGAUGUAGGAUCUGGUGGAGAAACUGAUGCUCAGCAUUUACAAGAGCUAAAGGCGUCCAACAAGAAGGAAUCUGGGAAAAAAAGGAUUAACUUGAAGAGAUUUAACAAGAAGUGAUUUCAGCAAAAUGAGAUUUAAGGCCACUGAUUUCAGGAUAAGCACAUUAUUAUUAUUAUUAUUAGUACAAAUUAUUGCUUCCUUAGUACAUUCGUCCAUAUCUCAUAUAAUGUGCCAGGUAUAGAAGGCUUGCCUCCCUCCACAUAAUUCAAACUGCAAUUUGGUAACUAAGGUUGUAGCUCGCAACAUGUGGACUGGUUCCAGGUUCACUUCUCUGGCUUUCUGCACACAUACUGUAUGUUUCAUGUUCCUUAUCUUGUUUAUUCAGAAGAGAGCUCAGUUUAAAUAGUUUAACUCUUUCCCUGCAGUGAAGAAUCACAGCCCUGUCCUGGGAACAGCAUGUUGCUGAAUGCUGAGCAAUGCCCCUUGUCUCUUGACUUAUACCUGGAAAUGUACAUUUUAUGUUGCCGGCUGGAUGUUAACCCCCUUUCGGACAAUGUACUUUAUUGGCCGGGAAAGGGUUAAAUCACCUUAUAACAUUAGACGCAUUAUAUUCUACAAGUUAGUUGGUCCCAGUACAACUAUUAAGAAUAUCACUUACAAUUUGACUGUUCUUUUAAAAAACAAUAUAUUUAGUACUGUUUUGUUCUGCUGCUUUUGGUUUAUUGGAAGUUUUAUACCACUGAAACCGCGGUUAAGAUGUAAUAACAAUAUUAAAUGCUUUUAAAAUGCCCAGACCAACCUCUGUCUAUAACAAGAAAUGAGUCAAUAGAAUGGUUCAUAGACCAUGAAAUAUUGUUACACAGCAGCGAUUAGGAGAGGUUUAUAUACAUUUUAUGUGUGCAACCCACAGCCCUUUAACUGUAGCUGAACUACUACUCCCAGCAUCCUUUAGUUAACGAUUUGAACUCCGUUUGAGAUUUCUGUAAGUUAUCAGCAUUAUCUGCUCUCUGUUGGCUUGUGUAACGUUUAUCUUUUUCUUGCACCAGCUCUAUUAAAUAUAAGGUGAUAGUGAA